CAAUAUUUAGCCAAGAAUAAAUAAUAAAUAAUAUUGUUGAUAUACAUACGUAAGUAGGUAUAAUUGCUCAUUUUAAUUUAAAAAAAAAAAGAUUCAAUGAGGUUUGCCUCUGUAUAAUUUAACUAAACUCAAAAUGGAAGAGUUGAAAACUGUUGAAAAUAGAAAAGUGCAUCCUUAUGUUAGGGCCAAUAUUUUGUCUAAACUAUUCUUUACAUUUCUAUUUCCGCUAUUCAAAAAAGGUUACAAACAAAACCUAAGUGAAGAAGACCUUUGUAGUGCCUUAAAAGAGCACGAAUCAGGCUAUCUAGGUGACAGAUUAACUGAAGAAUGGGAGAAGCAACUAAAGAAAAACCCAAAAAAUCCUUCAUUGACUGUAGCAUUGUGGAAGGUCUUUGGCCAUCAACUAAUCAUCUUGGGUUUGGUUUUUAUGUUUAUUGAGAUUUUUGUUAGGCUUUCAGCCCCAUUAUUACUAAACCAACUAUUAAACUACUAUGAUCCUGACACAACCAUGACCAAAACUGAAGCUUACUAUUACGCUUUUGGACUUGCUGGCUGCGCAUUUGUUUCAGCAACUUUCCAGCAUACUUACAUGCUUAACAAUUUCCAUUUAGGUAUGAAAAUUCGUGUAGCAACAUCUACAUUGAUCUACAGAAAAGCUCUUAAGCUAAGCAAAAGUGCCUUGGCGGAAACCACUGUAGGUCAAAUGGUGAAUUUAAUAUCCAACGACGUUGGUAGAUUUGAAAUGGCUACAAACCAUAUUCACAAUUUGUGGCUUGCUCCGUUAGAGACUCUUGUGGCUUUGGGUUUGUUGUAUUACUUUGUUGGACCCACUGGGUUAAUUGGCGUUGGGCUUAUGGUGAUGUUUGUACCGUUUCAAAUGUGGAUGGGCAAAAAGACUUCGGUUUAUAGAUUGGCCACUGCAAUUAGGACUGACGAGAGGAUAAGGCUCAUGAACGAAAUUAUUUCUGGAAUUCAAGUAAUUAAGAUGUAUACGUGGGAAAAACCGUUUGCUAAACUUGUAGAACUUAGUAGAAGAAAAGAAAUAGACCAAAUCAAAAAAAUCUCAAUAAUUAGAGCAAUAAUGAUGUCCUUCAACAUGUUCCUCAACAGCGCAGCCAUUUACGUAUGUAUUUUAACCUACGUUUUAAUGGGCAACACUUUAGAUGCUCACUACGUCUACCUACUACAAUCUUUCUAUGGAAUUUUAAGAUUUUCCUUAACCAUGUUCUUGCCUCAAGGCAUCGCUCAAGUUGCCGAAGCUAGCGUUUCAGUUAAACGCAUCAGAAGCUUUUUAUUGUACGAAGAAGUCGAUUUCGAUUCCAGCUCGAACUUUUUCAAUUCCAAUGACAAUAUUACUAAUGGUUCAAUUCGAAUGAAAAACGCUUCAAUAAAAUGGUCAAAAACGAAUAUCCUAAAUGACUUAAAUAUGGAUGUUGGAAGUCAAGAAUUAGCUUGUAUUAUAGGGCCUGUUGGAAGUGGUAAAACCACUCUUUUGCAUGGUAUUUUAGGUGAAUUAAGGCCAAUAUCUGGUACAAUAAAUGUUAAAGGAAGCAUUUCGUAUGCUUCCCAAGAACCAUGGCUUUUUGUUGGGAGUGUAAGGCAAAACAUAACUUUUGGGCAAAAAUUUGAUGCCAGAAAAUACCAUGAAGUAAUCAGAGUGUGUCAAUUACAAAGAGACUUUAAUUUAUUUUCUUGUGGAGAUAAAACAAUUGUAGGUGAAAGAGGAGUGUCUUUGAGUGGUGGACAAAGAGCUAGAAUUAAUUUAGCUAGAGCUGUAUACAAAGAAGCUGAUAUUUAUUUACUUGACGAUCCAUUGUCAGCUGUAGAUGCUCAUGUAGGCAAACAAAUGUUUGAAGAAUGCAUCACCGGUUACUUGAAAGACAAAUGUGUUGUACUAGUGACACAUCAAUUGCAAUAUUUGAAGCACGUGCCAAAAAUCUAUCUUUUGGGCAAUAAGAAAAUCGAACAUUCUGGAAAUUAUGAAGAAAUUCAAGGCUCUGGUAAAAAUUUUACAAAGCUGCUUGAUGAUUUAAAGGAAAUCAUUGAUGAGGAAAAUGAAAUAGAACAAACUAUUGAUGAUGAUGAAAAAAUUCCUAUUAAGUUGAUUAGGAGGCUGUCAACCAAAGAACUAAUUCCUGAAAAUGAUGAUAAGACACCAGAAAUUGAAAAAGAAAGCAGAGAAGGGGGCAAAAUAUCAUGGAACGUGUACAAGUCGUAUUUUAAAGCAGGAGGGCAUUGGUGCAAAGUUUUGACGCUUUUCAUUACGUUUGUUAUAACACAAGCAAUAUCUAGUGGAUUGGAUUAUUAUUUAAAAAUAUGGGUCAACAUGAAUCAAAUAAAACGAAUGGAACUAGACGCCAUCCUAAAAUUUAAAUUUAACGACACCUCCAUCAACAAUCAUACGAUCUUUGAAGAUUUUUGGCUAAGCAAAAUGCAAGACAAUAUUGUCGUGAUCACCUAUUCAGUUCUAAUAGGUUUGGUGAUAAUCCUCACUAUUGGCAGAUCCUUGACUUUUUAUAGAUUUUGCAAUAAAGCUUCAAUAAGGCUUCACAACAACAUGUUUUAUAAAAUCGUUUACGCGACCAUGAGGUUUUUUAAUACGAAUCCAUCUGGAAGGAUUCUGAAUCGGUUUUCGAAGGACAUGAAUCAGGUGGAUGAGGUUUUGCCUUUGUGUCUUUUGGAUAGUUUACAGAUUGCUUUAAACGUAGUUGCCAUAUCCCUAGUGGUAGCCUCAGUUAAUUCCUGGAUGCUUAUUCCAACAGUUGUUAUUUUGAUUAUAUUCUAUUUUUUAAGGAUUUUUUUUUUGGCUACAAGCAGAGACUUAAAGAGACUCGAGGGAAUAACUAGAAGCCCAGUAUAUUCGCAUCUAACAGCCUCUCUGCAAGGUUUGACUACAAUAAGGGCAUUCGGAGCGCAAGGAAUUCUAAAAACCGAGUUCGAUGUUUACCAAGACACUUACAGUUCAGCAUUUUUCAUGUUCUUAGCAGCAAACAGGACUUUCGGAUUUUGGUUGGACAUGCACUGUAUGGUUUUUAUUGCUGUGGUCACUUUGAGCUUCUUAUUUUUUGAUACAGAAAUUUUCGGUGGUAGCGUCGGCUUGGCAAUAACCCAAGCGGUGAACCUGAGCGGAAUGUUCCAAUGGGGUAUGCGUCAAUGGUGCGAAUUAGAAAACACCAUGACUUGCGUAGAACGAAUCAAAGAGUACGCAGACGUGGUACCCGAACGAGACACCGUCACUAAAAACCCACCGAAAUCUUGGCCCCAAGAAGGCAACGUUAGAUUCGACAAUUUGAGCCUUGCCUAUGCCAAUGGUGAAGAUUAUGUCUUGAAAAAUCUCUCGUUUGAAGUUAAAAGUACGGAAAAAGUUGGUAUAGUUGGUAGGACUGGAGCUGGCAAGUCUUCCAUUAUCAUGGCUUUGUUUCGAUUGGCGAUUAAUGAAGGUAGAAUCAUUAUCGAUAAUGUUGAUAUUAGUAAAGUGAGCUUUACCAAGUUAAGAUCUAGCAUAUCUAUUAUACCGCAAGAGCCGGUAUUGUUUAGUGGAACUUUAAGGAAGAAUUUGGAUCCAUUUGAUGAGUAUACUGAUAAGGCAAUAUGGAGUGCACUCGAAGAAGUUGAAUUAAAAUCAGCAAUUUCAAACUUAGAAAGCCGCAUAUCGGAAGGCGGCUCGAAUUUCAGCGUAGGCCAAAGGCAAUUGAUUUGUUUGGCGCGUGCUAUCAUAAGAAAAAGCAAAAUUUUAGUCCUGGAUGAGGCCACAGCUAAUGUAGAUCCACAAACUGAUGUUUUAAUUCAAAAAACCAUUAGAAGUAAGUUUUCAAAUUUCACAGUCCUGACGAUAGCCCAUAGACUGCAUACCAUAAUGGAUUCCGAUAAGGUUUUGGUAAUGGAUGCCGGUAGAGUGGUAGAGUUUGGACAUCCGCACGAGUUGUUGCAAAAUAAAGCAAAUUUUUACGAGUUGGUGCAGCAAACUGGCAAAUCUAUGGCAGAGAAUUUGAGUAGUAUUGCAAAGGAGGCCUAUAUAAAUAAAACACAAUUUUUGUAAUAAAAAUUAUUUAUAACCGAUAAAAAGCAUUAUUCGUUUUAUAUCGAAUGAAAUUUACCAGGCAUUACAUUUCUUUUCCGGAUUCAUCUUGCUACCGACUGGACAAUUGAAAUCCUUCCAGAAAUAGUCAGAAUUGCUCAUCGGUCCAAGUACUCUAAAGUGUCCAGGCGAAUGGUAGCCGGUCAAAAUUCUGAGCCUCAAAGAUUCCGGUCUGUAUUUUGAGCACCAAGUGUUCGCUGCCGAUAUCCAGAACAUUUGGUUGGGGUUGUACAUCAGGCCUGGAAGCAUGGCUUCGUACCCGUUUUUGUGCGACCAUUUUUGGUAGGCAAGGUAGGCUUCUUUUAAUCCUCCGUUGUCGGCUAUGUUUUCACCUUGGGUGUUUACUCCGUUG